ACUUCAUCACCUUUACUAACUUCAUAAUGUGCGCGCAGAACGUCGAGGAAAGAAAUACUGUGUUAUACAUAUAAUUAUUAUUAUUACACAUUAUUCAGUUUUUCCGUGAAACCACUGUCACACCUGUUGCCCGGUUAUUAUACAGAGUUUAUUAAUGUUAUCUCAGACGCCGAACUCCAUUUCAAAAUCUCUAGUUCAGAUUGACCUUGAUGUUUGGCAGAGGAACAACUUUCAGAGUGAAUCUAUUGUUUAUUUUAUUUUUAUAACAUCUAUACGAUGCGUCACUUGAUGCCGAAUUUAAUGCAGAGGUCCAAUAAUUCCUACAUUAUAUCCGAAGGAAUUGAACUACGCUGGCACUAAACUGAAAAUGUAAAAAAUGUUAAAUUGUCGGUGGAGUUCUGUUGGACGACGCUCCGGUGGAAAGCGGAACGUCUCGUGGCUCGGUGACUAGUGUUUCACAUCCUGGUUAGCGGAGCUUGAUGGUUGUUUGUGAGGCGCUCUGACCGCCGCUGCGCUGCUCUGAGAUGUGACCGGAGACACCGGCACUGCCGUUAACUUUAACACGGACAACGUAUGGACACAAACACGGAGGAGGACAUUUUGAAAGUCUGGCGUGGAGCACAGAGAAGCAGGCCACAGAGGAGGGGGCCCAGCCUCUCUCACAGCCCAGCUGUGUAGAUGGAGCGGCUCCACUGGGUGCGCCACCGCUGUCGGGCGCUGUUGGGAGAAGACUCGGGGCGAGGCUGGUACUCUCCCGCCGAUGGCCUGUCCACCAAAAACUCCCCGGAUGCCCACCGCUCUCCACACAGAGGCAGUGGGAAGAGGAGAACAGUGUUCGCCCGACAUGGACCUCACCAACACGAGUACGAAGCUGUCUGCAAAGGCUACAAGGGCAACGCCAUCCGGACUACCAAGUACAGGUUCCUGACCUUCAUCCCCAUGAACCUCUUCCAGCAGUUCCACAGGGCUGCCAACCUCUACUUCCUGUUCCUGGCGUUGUUGAACUGGGUGCCGGUAGUUGAAGCCUUUCAGAAGGAGAUUACCAUGAUCCCUCUGGUGGUGGUUCUCACCGUUAUCGCCAUCAAGGACGCCCUGGAGGACUACAGGCGGUAUUUGUUCGACAAGAAAGUCAACAGCAAUGUGGCACGAGUCUUCUGUGGCGAGCAGAGAGCUUACACUGAGCGCCGCUGGAAGGAUGUGCAGGUGGGAGACUUUGUGCGUCUGUCCUGUAACGAGAUCAUCCCCGCUGACAUGCUGCUGCUCUACUCCUCCGACCCCCGAGGGGUGUGUUACAUCGAGACCGCCAACCUGGACGGAGAGACCAACCUGAAGCAGAGACAGGUGGUGUCAGACCUCCCGCUGCAGGGAGCAGAGUUCACCCCUGAGAGCUUCCACAGUCGUAUCGAGUGUGAGAACCCCAACAAUGACCUCAGCAGGUUCAGAGGUUACAUGGAGCACUCCAGUGGGGUUCGCGUCGGCCUCCAUAACAGCAACCUCCUGCUGAGGAGCUGUACCAUCCGCAACACUGAGAAUGUGAUGGGCAUCGUGGUCUAUGCUGGUCAUGAGACUAAAGCCAUGAUGAACAACAGCGGGCCGAGGUACAAGCGCAGCCGGCUGGAGAAGCGUCUGAACACAGAUGUUCUGUGGUGUGUGGCCCUGCUCGUCGUCAUGUGUCUGACUGCUGCUAUAGGUCACGGCCUCUGGCUGAAGAACCUCAGAGACCCCGUCUUUCAGAUCGACGGGGAGACGAAUCCCGCCCUGGCUGGAUUCUAUGUCUUCUGGACCAUGAUCAUCGUGCUGCAGGUGCUGAUUCCCAUUUCUCUGUAUGUGUCCAUUGAGAUUGUGAAACUGGGCCAGAUCUACUUCAUCCACAAUGACUUGGCCUUGUACAACGAGCAGCUGGACUCCAGGAUCCAGUGCCGGGCCCUCAACAUCACUGAGGACCUAGGUCAGAUCCAGUACCUGUUCUCUGAUAAGACAGGGACUCUGACAGAAAACAAGAUGGUGUUCUGCCGCUGCAGCAUCUACGGGGUGGAGUAUCCACAUGAGGACAACGCUCGGAGGCUGGAGGUGUACGAGGAGAAGAAGAACAGGUCGGCUGGUCAGUCUGUGACUCUGAGGUCAGGCUGCAGCGGGAAGUCCGUGAGCUGUCAUUCCCUCAGCUGCAACCGCAGCUCCGUGUCUCUGCACACGCUCACUGCUGAGUCAGAGGAGGAGGAGGACGACAACCAACCGUCCAAUCACGUCCAGCCCAGGACCAGCGCCUUCUGCGGCCGCAUGGAGAAGGAGGUGGUCCCGGACCCCGAGCUGCUCAGGAAGUUGAACUGGUUUUGCUCUCCUGUGCUGCCUCUGAACGAGGGCUCCUCCGGGACUCCGUCCAGCCUGGAGCUCACCUACAUCACCGACUUCUUCCUUGCUCUGGCCAUCUGUAACAGCGUGGUGGUGUCCUCGCCCAGUCAGCCGCGACAUGCGGUGCCUGCGGCUCGGACUCCUCUCAAGUCUCUGGAGGAGAUCAAGCUGAUGUUCCAGCGCUUCAGCUUCUCUCCGUUCUCCGCCCUCUCCACCCUCUCCCCUCCCCAGAUCAAAGGCAGCCCUCGAAACUUCACCAGCAGGCUGUUCACCUGGGGGAAGGCCGGCUCCUUCAACGUCCCCUCAGCCCCCAGCAGCAGCGCAGACGGGUCAGAACUGAGCCAAGAAGGCAACCUGGAAACCUCCCACCUGAAGCGCGAACUGGACUUAUCCUCCAGAGAGGAGGGAGGAGACGGUGGACAAGUGGAGGACAGGGGGACAGAGAGCGAUAAGACCGACGCAAGGACAGACCCUGACGGGCCCAGUCACAGUUUGGAAGUGGACUCUGACAGCGACACUGAUGAUGAACUGCUGUAUGAGGCAGAGAGUCCCGACGAGGCGGCUCUGGUCCACGCCGCCCGGGCGUACCGCUGCACCUUGAGGGGGCGCUCUGCAGAGAGCCUGCUGGUGGAUCUGCCGGGAAUCGGGUCUCUGGCCGUCCAGCUGCUGCACGUCCUGCCCUUUGACUCCAACAGGAAGAGGAUGUCGGUGGUGGUCCGCCACCCGCUCACAGGACAGGUGGUGGUUUACACCAAGGGAGCCGACUCAGUCAUCAUGGACCUGUCGGAGACACCUAAAGGUGCAGAGCAGGCUCAGGAGAUCUACACUCACAUCAGAGAUCAGACCCAGAAACAUCUGGACAGCUACGCCAGAGAAGGCCUCCGCACACUCUGCUUCGCUAAGAAGGUCCUGGAGGAGGAGGAGUACGAGGAGUGGAUGAAGAGGCAGCUGCUGGCAGAGAGCAGCAUAGAGAACAGAGAGGAGCUGCUGCUGGAGUCGGCCCAGAGACUGGAGACCAACCUGACCCUGCUGGGUACCACAGGGAUUGUGGACCGGCUGCAGGAGGAAGUCCCAGAGACCAUCGAGGCUCUCCAGAGGGCUGGGAUCAAAGUCUGGGUCCUGACUGGAGACAAACAGGAGACAGCCAUCAACAUUGCCUAUGCCUGCAAACUGCUGCGUCCCAACGACCAGCUGCUGACGGCCAACUGUGGCAGCAGGGAAGCAUGUGCAGCUCUUCUGGAGGAGCUCAGACUGGAGGUGCAGGGUGGGGAGGACGGUGCGACUGAGCCGGCUGCAGCAGGGACUGAGGAGUCAUCGUCGUCGUCCUCUGGCAGCGUGGGAAGCUUCAUCCUGGUCAUAGAUGGACAGACGCUGGACUGGGCCCUGCAGGAGGAGCAGCAGAGCCUCUUCCUACAGCUGAGCUGCAGAUGUAAGGCAGUCAUCUGCUGCAGGUCCACUCCACUGCAGAAGAGCCAGGUGGUCCGGCUGAUCCGGGACCAGCUUGGAGUCAUGACCCUGGCUGUGGGCGACGGAGCCAAUGACGUGAGCAUGAUUCAGACGGCCGAUGUGGGCAUCGGGAUAUCUGGUCAGGAGGGGAUGCAGGCUGUGAUGUCCAGUGACUUCGCCGUGUCCAGGUUUAAACACCUGAGCAAGCUGCUGCUGGUCCACGGUCGCUGGUGCUGCUCUCGUCUGGCCAACAUGGUCCUCUACUUCAUCUACAAGAACGUGAUGUAUGUGAACCUGCUGUUCUGGUAUCAGUUCUUCUGUGGUUUCUCUGGGAGCGUCAUGACCAACUCCUGGGUCCUCAUCCUCUUCAACCUGAUCUUCACCUCCGUCCCUCCUCUCAUCUACGGCGUUCUGGACCAGGACAUCCCUGCGGACUCUCUGAUGAGGCUGCCUGAGCUCUACCAGGCUGCACAGGCCUCCAAGGUCUAUGUUCCCCGCAUGUUCUGGAUCAACGUCCUGGAUGCAUUUUACCAGAGUCUCGUCUGCUUCUUUGUCCCGUACUUUGCUCUUGCAGGUUCAGAGGUCGGGGAGCUGGCCUUCGGUUCUCCCAUCAACGCCUCAGCUCUGCUCGUCAUCCUGCUGCACCAAGUCCUGGAGAGUCACACUCUGACCUGGAUUCACGUCCUGAUCCUGGUCCUCAGUGCUGGUUCCUAUUUUGGCUUCGUGCUGCUCUUCAGUGUGUCCUGUGUGACCUGCAGCCCCCCCACCAACCCUGUGGGGGUGGAGACACUCCAGAUGUCACAGCCUCUCUUCUACAUUAUAUGUGCUAUCACCACGGUGACAGCUCUGUUACCCAGGAUGUUGUGUCGAGCUGUGUACAACACCCUCUACCGCUCCGCUGCUCUGAGAUCAGCUCAGAGGGACGAUGCGGAUUCAGAGGACUACCACAGGAGGAUGAAGCGCUGGAACCUGAAGCACUCCAGAGUCAACAACAGGCUGCCAGUGUGUGCAGACAACCCGGGCCUGGAGCCCAGCACGGCUUCAGUGGUGUCCUGACCACGCACACGCACACACACACACACACACACACACACACACACACACACACACACACACACACACACACACACACACACACACACACACGUGGAGAGUCAUGAGAGCAGGCAGACUCACACCAGUAUGAUCUUGACCUGACAGUCCAGAGAAGACUGGAUUUCCGAGCACGUCACAGACAGAGGAAUAUUCCAUGGUGCAAUAAAAGUCUCUGUACAUAUGUUCCCUCUGUGUUGCACUACUCCUCUGUGUGGACAGACUCUGGCUCAGUCUGCUACAGGUCAGCAGCCUCAAGAACUCACGGUGAUGUUCCAUGAAGAGAACCGUGUUUUUAACUGGACUGGUUCUACCGGAUGCAUCAGUUCUGCUGAACGCCGUGAGCCACCAUGUUACAGGACGCCUGCUGGAUUCAUGUUACAGUCACACCGCAGCUGAAAGAAACCAAAUCUGCUGUUACGUCUUAGCUUUCAACCACCACCUGUGGCCUUCUUCAGUGGGUGGAGUUGCUCAGUUAUCAUGGACAGAGACACAAACCAGGUGUAGAGUGUCUGUGUGGAGGAGGCAGACAGGUACCACUGCUGUGUGUGUGAUCCAGGUGUUUUGCCACUGUUAUCUCUGUAACCUGCCUGCUGAUGAACAAACACAGUGACCGGCUGACAGCUCAACCUCUCUCUCUGAAGCUGAGGGUCGGUCACAGUAGUCGGCUGUGUUCAGAUUCAGGGGCCGCAUCCGUCAGAGGACGUGGUCUACAAAGGGGCCACACCUUCGUAGACCAUGACAUCACCAGCUGUUCCCGCCCCUUGCUGUCGCAUCCAAAACCGUGGCUCCUGUCACCUAGCAACAUUACUUGACAACAUGUAACUUUUUUUUUUUUUUCACAAAAACUUGAGGUGUUAAAGGGACAGUUCGGGUUGUAUGACGUAGGGGUGGUGUGAGGUAGUCGUGCAUAGUCAGCGUGUUACCUGCAGAUUCAGAUCAGCGCACUGAGUGAUGUGUUGCUGUGGGUAGGGCCAGCAGAAAAAAAUGUUUUAGACACUUAAAACACCCACUGAAACAAUCCAAGAUCUGUGUAAACGUAGAAAAGAAUAUUUUCAGGGGGUUUAUCUUCCUGUCAAAACACUACUUCCCUGUGGUACUACAUUUUUUUUCAACCACUGGACUAUCCAUAUUCAUACGAACGAGCGCACCUACAGCACAAACUCUCUGGUUCCCUCAGCUGACCUGCAACUGCACCUUCACUGCAUUGGAUUGUUUCAGUGGGCGGUUUUUAAAAGUGUCUGAAACACAUUUUUUUCUGCUCAGCCUGUGCACAGCAACACAUCACUCUGCUAGUGUGCUGUGUUCCCUGCCGCCUCUCGUCACCGGCAGUGUGCUGAUGUGAAUCUACUGCAGGUAACACACUGACUAUACACGACUACCUCACACAACCCCACGUCAAAUAAACCCGAACUGUCCCUUUAAGGCUCUCGGUUUUAACAGUUGAACCCAAUACCCCAAUACUUACAUUUAAAAGUGUAAUCAGAGAGCUCUCUGUUGGUGUUGUUUGCUUUUAAUUAGCGGCCUGCAAUGAAUCUUGGGAUAGGUUGGGUCCAGGAAAAGAAGGACACAUUUGAAGGAGCGUUUGAAAUGGGACAGUGUAGUCGCACCACUGUGACACAAUUGAUCUUCAAUUGCAGCCUGCGAAGGAUGCAGCCCCUGAAUUGAGACAAAAUUUAUACUGUGAGUCUUACACUGAGCUGAUUCUGGAUCAGUGUGUUCAUCUGCUGAUGUUGUGUUUAUAUUUGACCUGACAGUCACAUCAGAGUUUGUAACGUUCAUUGUGUUUGUGUUAUUAAUAUUUUAACCCCUGAUUGAACCAAAUGAGACUGAAAUCCGCAUCGUUAUUUAUUCUGCAGUUGAAACGGAUGUUAACACGUGACGGGGUGGAAACACUUGCACCCGAGAUCCAGUGGUUACUUCCUGAAGGGCCGUGUGAGUUUCACCUCCAUCAAUACACCUCAUGUUUACAGGCUGUCGUCAUGUGACACAGUCGUUCAGUGAUGGAGGUGCUGUUGUUAUCGGUCUGUUUCGUCAUUGUUCAUGUCAUGUAAAAUGAGUGGAGACUGAAUGAAAACAUGUUAUUAGGUUUGUUAACCAGACUGAAACAGGACUACUGAUGCAGUGCAGCCAGUUGACAGAAAUGACCUUACUGCCUCUGUCUCUGAGUCCCUGUGAUCAUUGGGACAAAACCAAGCCUUAACUUUGAUGCAGGACCUCCAGGUUCUUCCUACAGAAGCCGUGAUGACGAGUCACUGAUGAGGAUUUUUAUAAUGAUUCAGUUGAUUUGUUGGAUGUAUGAAUAUAAACCUCUGUAUCUACAGACGUUUGUGUUUGACUUUGCAAUAAUGAAAUAAAACCCUUUUUGUUCA